AAUAUUGGGGGCUUGAGGGGGUUAAGUUCACUUUUGUUAUCGGUUCACACACAUGUGUGCAUCUCUAAAUCGUAAUUUUGGUUGAAAUUCGCAAAAAAAUAAAAUGAUGCAACAAGUUAGACAUGCGCUGCGGCCGGUGCUAGGCGGUCUGCGGCAUAACAUGCCGGCACGCGGUGCUUCAACCACGACAUCGGUGGCACCCGCCAAAAUUGAAAAAACUGUCAACACGGUCACCGUUUUGGGUCGUGUGGGGGCCGAUCCACAGCUGCGCGGCUCCCAGGAGCAUCCGGUGGUCACAUUCUCCGUCGCCACACACACCAACUACAAAUAUGAGAAUGGCGACUGGGCCCAGCGCACGGACUGGCAUCGCGUGGUCGUCUUCAAGCCCAAUUUGCGCGACACUGUGCUGGAGUAUCUGAAGAAGGGACAGCGCACCAUGGUGCAGGGCAAGAUCACCUAUGGCGAGAUCACGGACCAGCAGGGCAACCAGAAGACCAGCACCAGCAUCAUCGCAGACGAUGUGCUCUUCUUCCGCGAUGCCAAUAACUAGAAUUUAAGAAUCAAAGACAAACACGAACAGAAACCCUAAUCUUAAGCAGAAAAAGUUGAACUUUCAGUUUUAAACGUUUGCAUUUACAUUGUGAAUAGUGUUCAUAUGAAUCCAUUAUGUUAUCGGUUGUUUUUCAAAAUAUGAUCAUUACAGAAAUC